CUAUUGCGUUCAAUUGUGCAGGGAUUUUUCUGUAUGUUGGUGUCAAGAAGAUCAGAAUGAGUUCAUCAAUGGGUUUUCCGCUAGUUAUGUUUAUUUUUUUGUUUCACUUUCUAACGUGUAAUUCUUCCAUUUGGGCUCAAAAGUCGGAAGAUGUUACAAUCAUAAUUAAUGGAACUACGCCAGUUUCCACAACCGAUGAAAAUUAUAUUUGUGCUACUAUUGAUUGGUGGCCUGAUGAUAAGUGUAACUACAACCAAUGUCCGUGGGGAUCGUCAUCAGUGCUGAAUUUGGACUUGUCCAAGGCUACUCUAGAAAAGGCAAUUGAAGCUUUCGGUCCUUUGAGAAUAAGGAUUGGAGGUUCUCUGCAGGACCAGGUUCUUUACAAUGUGGGAAAUCUAAAAACUCCAUGUCAUCCAUUCAAAAAGAUGUCAGGUGGUUUGUUUGGAUUCUCAAGGGGGUGCCUGCCUAUGAAGAGGUGGGAUAAAGUGAAUAAGUUCUUUAGCAAGACAGGGGCACUCGUCACAUUUGGUUUGAAUGCAUUAUAUGGAAGGCAUGAAACAAAAAAGAAAGGAACCUGGGGAGGAAAUUGGGAUUCCAGUAAUGCUCGCGAUUUCAUUAAGUAUACAAUUUCAAAAGGAUACAAUAUAGAUUCGUGGGAAUUUGGAAACGAGUUAAGUGGUAGUGGCGUUGGUGCUAGUGUAGGUUCUGAACAGUAUGGAAAAGAUGUGAUCAAACUCAAAAGUAUUAUAGACGAACUAUAUAACCAAUCCCAAUCAAAAAUACCUAUACUUCUUGCGCCUGGUGGAUUCUACGAUAAACAAUGGUUCAAUAAGUUCCUUCAGGUUUCAGGUUCAUCUGUGGUCAAUGCUGUUUCACAUCAUAUUUACAAUUUAGGACCAGGUGUUGAUCGCAAACUUGUGAACAAAAUUCUAGAUCCCAAUUUCUUGAGUAGGGUAACAAGAACAUUUAUUGAUCUUCAGCAAACUAUCCGAACUCAUGGCCCUUGGUCUUCAGCAUGGGUUGGAGAAGCUGGGGGAGCUUACAACAGUGGGGGUCGUAAUAUAUCAGACACAUUUGUUUACAGCUUUUGGUACUUGGACCAGCUUGGUAUGGCAGCCAAAUACAACACUAAAGUCUAUUGUAGACAGUCUUUAAUCGGUGGAAAUUAUGGUCUCCUCGAUAUGAAUACAUAUGCUCCAAACCCAGAUUACUUUAGUGCACUUCUUUGGCAUCGGUUAAUGGGGAAGGAAGUGCUAUCGGUUAAGAGUAUUGGUUCUCCAUAUUUACGCUCCUAUGCCCAUUGUUCUAAAGGAAACGGAGGGAUAACUUUACUUCUGAUCAAUUUAAGCAAGAACACAAAUUUCACUAUCAAACUUGAGAAUUUGAUCAGUUUAAGCAUGAAAAACAUGACCGAAAAUACAAGAUUGAUCACCCGGAGUCUUAAGAGUACUUUUUCAUGGGUCGGUAAGAAAACAACAUCAAAUAGACCGGACUUGAGAGAAGAGUAUCAUUUGACCCCAAAAGAUGGGUAUUUAAGAAGUAAGACCAUGCUGCUGAAUGGACAACCACUUAGCCUUAGAAGCCAAGGAGGAGGAGAUAGCCCACGCUUUAGUCCAGCACUUAUUGAAGUAGAUUCUCCAAUCUCCAUUCCUUCUCUGUCCAUAAAAUUCGUCCAGCUGCCUAAAUUUGACGCUCCUUGUUGCAAACGCCAGGUUUGAUUGGUAUAGGAAACUAGAGAAUAAUUCAUUUAUUGAUUCGUUAUUGUUGAUAAUCUGAUUGAUUUGUAUUACUCAAACAGAUGGUUUGAAUGUGGUAUCAAAUGUUGCAGUUACUAUUUCCUAAUCGUCUUUUUACUGUAAUAUUUGACCUUGUUUUCUUCUUUGCAUUCUGAAAGUUUUGUGAAGAGAAGUGAGUAUUGAGAGGCAAUAAAGCAGAAGUUUUUUAUGUUAACCAAAAGAUAAAUGAAAGGAACAGCUGAUUGUGCAAUGCCUCGUUGAUUUACUGCUAUUAAGAUGAUUAAUUCCAUCUAAUUUAUUGGGUUAUCUGGAUUCAUUUUAAACUUAUUUUCUUU